CAUAUCACCUUUUGCGCUUUGUUGGGGAGGUUUUCCUGCAGGAGGAAGCGGAAGACACUUGUACCUGCGAGAUGAAACUAACUAAAACUUUCGCGGAGUUUCAGCUGGGCUGGCCUCACAUGCAUCACGUCUUUGCUGUUCUCUGUCUUUUUGUCGUCGUGUAUAAAUUAACAAUUCUACUUGCGAAAAGAAGGGAAGCACUGCGAAACUUCCAAGCUUUUUCGGGGCCGCCGCCACACUGGCUGUUUGGACAUGUUCUCGAGUUUAAACAAGAUGGGACCGAUAUGGACAAGGUAGUGAAAUGGGGACAGGAGUACUCAUAUGUUUUUCCAAUCUGGUUUGGCCCCUUUGUCAGUGUCAUCAAUAUUCAGCAUCCAGAUUAUGCAAAAACUAUCCUGACAUCAUCAGAGCCAAAAGAUGAUUUUGCCUACCGUUUUGUGGAGGGUUGGAUUGGAAAUGGGUUGUUGGUGUCAGAAGGUCAGAAGUGUAAUACACAUAACACUGUCUUUGACCCUCUGCGUUUCCUACCAGAGAACAUUGCCAAGAGAUCUCCUCAUGCUUUUGUGCCCUUCUCAGCUGGGCCAAGAAACUGCAUCGGUCAGAACUUUGCUAUGAAUGAGAUGAAAGUGGUGACAGCUCUGACACUGAAGCGAUACCAGCUCAUAGCGGAGCCCACUAUGAAACCCAAGAUCAUCCCCCGACUGGUUCUCCGCUCACUCAAUGGCAUCCACAUCAAGAUCAAACCUUUAGACGCAGAGAGCUAAAGUGCACUAACUGCAAGAAAUGCUGAAAAUUACUGUAUUUAGAAAGUAAAUACUUUAUGUUGAUUUGAAAUACUUCUACUAUAUAACUGAGCUUUUACAUAUCAUUUAAUGAACGCUGUUGUGUAGUUUAUGUUGUAGGAGAAAUUACUUGUUGAAAAAAAAUCUGCUUUUUAUACUAAGACACUAAAGGAGAAGCUUGUGCACUUUGUCAGAAAGUAAUAGAAUUUGUUUUGGGGGGUUUUACGAUAGUACAUAACAGAUUUGUAGUAAAUGGCAUUGCACUGACAUUAUUUGCAGUGUAAAGCUGUAGAUAAAAUUUUAGUAAAUACAACUUCUGUCUUAGUUUUACUCUCCAUCAUUUAAUAUUUCUAUUUUGAGAUAGAGGAAGAGGACUGGUGUUGUGCUGUAAAUUAAAUUAGCAUUCUUUUUCCAACAAAACAUAAUAACAAAAAUAUAUUUUAGUAGUCAGGAUCAACCCAAUCAAAAACGUUUAAUUGAGCUCAUAUUUCCAUAUUGCUUCUAUUGUUUAAAAGAGAGCUCUCUUUGACCUGUAAUGAAGAUCAUUUAUCUAUGUUUGUGCAUUUAUAUGAAGUCUUAUCAAGUCAGCAUGAAAGCAAUUCAUAGAUAUAUGAUCAAAAUCUAUCUCUGGAAUAUAACCUUAUUUUACAGAGGCAGACUGUAAAGUUGAUGCUUAAAAAUGUGGACAAUGUAUCAAAUUACUUGCAUUGCAUUUAGAGUCUUUCCUCAUAUAUACAGCUUAUUGUAAAGCUUAAAUAUCAGUUUAUAUCAAGGCAAAUUCACACUGGAGUGUUGUUUAUGGUUAAUUAAACAUAAGAAAAAUGACAAAACCUUUA